AUGGGGAAUUCAGGACGACAGAAAAUAGACCGUGGAGAAUUCCUAACCAGCAAUCAUUUUCCCUACCGAGCAACGGUCCGCUGUCCAUUCGAAAAGAAGGAUUUUGAGCAGAAUGAUCGGUGUCUCGGUGUGCUGCAGGGCCACGAUAGAUCGAUAUCGGCAGUUGUGGAGCCCCGAGUUUCCGCGCCAACCUCCGACAUCUCAAACAUGACCAUCACCAGCUUCCCAAGUAAAAUUGUCGCCGGAACAAAGAGGCGCAAAGGCUCAAGGCUUUGGAAGGCUGAGAUUCGCGAGUGGACUUCUCUACGGCAAAAACCUCUGUUUCCACUGACGAGACCCAACUACGUAGUUGGAAGCCAAGGGCAACAAAACACAUGGACGUCAAAUGACACCAAAACAUCUGUGACCUUUGGACACCUCCAAGGUUUCUACAUCACAUCAAUGUCCCUCCAGGGCUUCCGGCCUGCCAUGCGAAGAAAAUGUAUAAAUCGAUUCGACUCCGCCCUCAUCAAACUUCUUUAA